CUGGGACGCCCGCUACGUCCAAGAAGGUGGCUCCUUCGACUGGUACCAGCGCUACUCUUCCCUCCGCCCUUUCGUCCGCCACUUCAUCCCCAUCUCCUCUUCUGUUCUCAUGGUCGGCUGCGGCAAUGCCGGUCAUAGAAUGAAAAAAGUUGCAAAGAAUCAUUUUCUUUCCCACUAUUUAGCAAAUUUGAUGUUGAAAGUAAUAGCGUACCGGAUGCAGUUAGGGUCCCUAAACGUGGCAUUGUCCUUGCCAUCCGUAGGAGAAAGAUUUUGGUACCAGUUAUGCGGUGUCUAGCCAGAAGGCACCCUUACAUCUUUAUGUCCGAGGACAUGGUCAAGGAUGGAUAUGAAGACAUAAUGAACAUUGACAUUUCAUCAGUGGCUAUCGACAUGAUGAUAAGCAAAUAUGAGCACAUACCUCAGCUGAAAUACAUGCAAAUGGAUGUUAGAGAUAUGAGUUUCUUCCCAGAUGAUUCGUUUGACGGUGUCAUUGAUAAAGGAACUCUUGAUUCACUGAUGUGUGGUAACGAUGCUCCAAUUAGUGCUGCUCAAAUGUUAGGGGAAGUGAGCAGGCUUCUUAAACCUGGAGGGAUCUAUAUGUUGCAGAUAACGUACGGUGAUCCUAAAGUAAGAAUGCCUCAUUUGAGACGGCCAGUGUACAACUGGAAAGUUUGUUUGUACACUAUACCCAGACCAGGAUUCCAAACGCCUGAAGGCUGUGGUUUGUCAUCGAAAUCAGAUCUGGAACCCGUUCCUAUAACCAAGAAGGGCUUACUUCCAGCUGAUUUUGUUUUGGAAGAUCCGGAUUGUCACUUCAUAUAUGUGUGUAAAAAGGACGAUGCGGAGCUAGGUAAUCCAUCAACUGAUGGCUUGAGUCAAUUGACAGUUGAUGACUUAUAGUAGUCACUUGCAGCGAAGAUAGCUCGUGCCCUGUAUACUAGCAUUCAAGCGCGUAUCUUAGUCAUUUGUAUGGUAAGUAUUGUUGUACCACCUGCUAAUCGUGUUCGUCCUUGGGGUGUCUGUAAGAGAGGAUUUUGUUCAUUGCAUCUGCCUAGAUCUUAGGCAUGAAAUUCUAAAACAAAUGACUCAAUAAAAUAAAAGCCCCCAUGGACGCAUUGUCCUCAUCUUUUGGUUUCUUGUAUUGUAUCAGUUAGCACCAAGUGGCUACCAAGAACACCUACAAAAUAAAAUUGUGAUAUUAGUUUUUUUUUUAAA